AUGCCAAUAACAUCCUUCGAUUUCGAACAAAGCCGCUUCCUCCACUUUAAUAGCGGCCAUCCACGCAUCUACUUUACAAGCAGCAUCCCUCUCUCCGAAAAAGACAUUCUGACCUGGACUGAAGAAGGCUUCUCUCCUCAAUAUCUGCCCUACGACCCUGCAGAGAAAGACAACUACAUCCGAGCUCUUAAAUCACUCCACGAGAACUUGGCCUUGGGAGAUAACUAUGCGCUCAUCGCCUACGGCGAUGCCGCGAGCGUGGUAUUGAAAGCGGCGCAAAAACCACUGGUGAAAUGCUGUGCGAUUAUUGCAUACUAUCCGACUCAAGUUCCUGACCCGAAGAUCAAGUAUCCGAAUGCACAGGCACUACAAAUUCAUGCUGCUGGUCUGAGUCCAGGGAGUGCGGGAGCGAGGGCUCAUAUGUAUGAGUGGAGCUUGUAUCAACAUGAGAAGUGUUCCCCUGGGUUCGCUGAGCCUGUGAGCAAGACGUACAAGCAGAUUGAAGCAGAUCUGGCGUGUGCACGUUCACUUGCAUGCAUCCGCAAAGGCUUCAAUAGACACCUUGAUCUUGAACCACUGGUACAGGGACUAUGGGAUGCAAAGUACACGGAUGAUGUACCGGAGAGGGCCAGCAUGACCAUGGUGAAGGGUAUGUCGCAGAAUAGCCCGCAUGUUACUAUCUUCCCAACUCUGGAAGGCGGUAUUGGGCGAAAGAAACUGGAAGAGUUCUACAGAGAGUUUUUCGUCCCGAGUUUGGUGGAGGACUUCGAUAUACGACUGAUCUCACGGUCAGUGGGAGUGAUCCGCGUGGUGGAUGAGAUGCUGGUAUCUUUCACGCAUGACGAUGAAGUGGAUUGGAUUUUGCCUGGUGUCCCCCCGACGGAAAAGUUUGUGCAAAUUCCCAUGGUUAGUAUUGUGGCGGUUGUGGGAGGCAGACUAGUAUCGGAGCAUAUGUAUUGGGACCAGGCGUCGGUGCUGAUGCAGGUUGGCCUCCUUGAUCCAAAGCUCGUACCGAGGCAUCUGAAGAGUAAAGGGCUCAAGAAAUUACCUGUCGCGGGAGCGGAGGCGGCGAAACAGCUGAUCGAACCACAGCAACAGAGAUACAACAAGUUGUUACAGGAUCAUGGUUUGUUGAAUGGACUGUAG